UAUUGUUGAUCCAAAUGGGUUGGGGUAUAACAUAGGCUGAUAAGUAAACUUUCGAUUUUUCUUACUUGUAAAACUAGGGUCGUUUAUUUCGUCAAAAUGACGCUUGACGCUAAAAGUUUGACGCUGCUUUUUAUCUAGAUGGCACUCUAAUCGAAAUUAUACAGUGUGAUCAAAUUUGACGCUCGAAGCUGGCGUCAAGCGUCGUCGUGAAAUCGCACCUUGAAACUGUUUUUGUUCCGAUUAUUAUAUAUUAUGUUUUCAUGCAAUUCAUGCAAUGUUUUCUUUGAGAUAACCCUUAAAUAUUUUAGGUUAUGAAUGUAAGGAUUAUAUGAGAUACUCGUGUAGUGAGCGUUAGAAAUUUAUUAACAAUUGAUAAUUCAAUGAUUUUUGAUGAAUGAAACACUCAAGUGAUUUGAAUGUUGUUAUUAAUUAUCCAAUGAUGGAAAACGAAAAGAAACUAACUUUUGAUAACAAGAUCAUUUUGGCCCCUAUGGUUCGAGUGGGAACUUUGCCCAUGCGACUUCUUGCACUAGAUUAUGGUGCUGAUAUUGUUUAUACAGAAGAGUUAAUAGAUUUUAAAUUACUUCGCUCCAUCCGGCGCGUAAAUGAUGUUUUGGGAACAGUUGAUUACAUUGAUCAAACAGAUGGGACCGUAGUUUUUCGGACUUGCCCACGAGAAAAAAAUCAUGUCGUACUGCAGCUAGGAACAUCUGAUCCUGAACGGGCUGCAAAAGUUGCGCAAAUAGUUGAACAAGAUGUAUCAGGUAUUGAUUUAAAUAUGGGAUGUCCUAAAAAAUUUUCUCUUGACGGUGGAAUGGGCGCAGCUCUAAUGAAUGAUGAGCAAAAAGCAAAAGAUAUUCUAAAAAGUUUGGUUAAUGGAGUUAAAGUACCUGUUACCUGUAAAAUUCGCGUUUUUGACGAUCUUGAAAAGACUUUAAAAUUAUGUGAUACUCUUGCAUCUAGUGGAAUUUCAGCAAUUACUGUCCAUGGCCGUACAGCUUAUGAAAGACCUCAGCAUAUGAACAGGCAUGAUACAAUUCGAAUUAUUGCUCAACGUUUAUCAGUACCCGUAAUCGCCAAUGGUGGUUCAAAAGACAUUGGGUGUUAUUCUCACAUAGAAGAAUUUAAAACAAAAACAAUGGCAAGUAGUGUGAUGCUCGCCCGAGCGGCGCAAUGGAAUUGUUCAAUUUUUCGGAAAGAAGGCUUGUUAUCAAUUGAUGCUGUUAUCAAGUCAUAUCUUAAAUACGCUAUUGAUUAUGACAAUUCACCAUCUAAUACCAAAUAUUGUAUACAAAAUAUUAUUCGAGAACUACAAGAUACCCCUUUUGGGAAAGAAUUUUUGAAGGCACAAACUUUGGAACAAAUUUGCCAACUUUGGAACAUAGAUGAUUACUGCCGAAUGAAAUUUCAAGAGUUUCAAGAAAAAGGUUUUCAUGGUCGUUUUCAAGUAAUACCUCUCAGACAUUGUGGAGUAGCAAACGACAAUAAUGUAAAAAAAAAUGAGAAUAAUAUGGAAGAUGUAAUAGUUAUGCGAUGUGCAUUUCUUAGAAGGAGAUUCUCUUAUGAUGGUGAUUUACCCAAAACGAAACUUUUAAAAUGGCUCAGAGAAACUGAAAAAACUAACCUUGUACCUAUUUAUCACACAUGGUUUGAAGAUAAACUUUUUCGAUCAAUAGUUACUGUGAAUAAUAAAAGUUACAGUUCUUCAUUUUGGUAAAAUUUUGAACUUAUGGGAAAAAAAUAAAAAAAGAGCGGAGCAAGGUGCGGCAUUAGUUUGUCUUUGUGCAUUAGGAGUCAUCGAUGAAGAAUUAUUAAAAAAAAAUGGAAGUUUACGAAAGUAAUUUGCUUGAUUGUAAAUAAAAACAAAAUAUAAAUGAGGCAUUCCAA